UAGAAUGUAUGAAACUUUUUUCCAUGUUGAUUGUUAGUGAAGAUUUUAAAAUGUUUUAUGAUAGAUGUUUAUGAUAUUAAUAAUUUAUGUUCAAUAUAAAACUGAAGCAAGAUCACGCAUUCCUUCGUGCAAUCAAAGUUGCCUAUACAACACUGGUCGCAUGCGUCCAAAUCGUAAACAUAACCAACAAAUUUUUUGAUAAGCAAGUUUCCAUAAGUGUUUAUAAUAAUCAUGUCUUCGGUUACUCGUAAAAAAUGGGAAGAUUUGGAAACGCCACUAAAGCCGAGCCUGAUGGAAGCAAUAAAAUCAUUCGAUUUCCCAACAAUGACACCAGUGCAGACCGCAACGAUUCCUCUUCUGUUAAAAAACAAGGAUGUUGCUGCAGAAGCAGUCACAGGUUCUGGGAAAACGCUAGCCUUCUUGAUACCAAUGAUAGAGAUUUUAUUAAGGAAAAAAGAGGUAUGGAAGAAGAACGAAGUGGGUGGAUUGGUUAUUUCUCCCACAUGGGAACUCUCCAUACAGAUAACGGAGGUUUUAAAUCAACUUUUGAAAAAUAUUGAUGGUCUAAAUUGCGUUUCUUUCGUUGGGGCACAUGAGUUGAAUGAAAACGUUCAAAAAUUCAAACACAAAGGUGGCCACAUCAUUAUUUGCACACCAGGUCGACUGGAAACUAUGCUGACAAAGAACCAAUAUAAUUUGCCAGCAACUGUUAAAAAUUUGGAAUUAUUGAUAUUAGAUGAAGCUGAUCGAUUAUUAGAUCUGGGUUUUGAAAAGUCUAUAGCAACAAUUUUAAGUUAUUUACCAAAGCAGAGGAGAACUGGCUUAUUUUCAGCAACGCAGACUAAGGAAGUUGAGUCUUUGAUAAGGGCGGGUCUACGAAAUCCAGUUUCGGUAUCAGUUAAGGAGAAGAUGUCGCAAAGCACGCCAGUGAGCUUGGAUAAUUAUUUCAUAGUCACUAGGGAUAAUGGGAAAUUAGCGACGUUGAUUGCGUUCGUGGAAUCGCGUAAAGUGCAGAAAAGUAUGGUUUUCUUUCCGACUUGCGAUACUGUCGCGUACUGGGCGAAAAUUCUACCGAAUCUUUUGCGUCAAUUGAAGAUCUUUUCGAUACACGGGAAGAUGAAGAACAAACGGAAAAGUGUAUUCGAUCAAUUCAGAAAGUGCGAAAAUGGGGUUCUGCUGUGCACCGACGUUAUGGCUAGGGGAAUCGAUAUACCCGAAGUUGAUUGGGUGUUUCAAUGGGAUCCACCGUCGAAGGCAACAGCUUUCGUCCAUCGGAUUGGUCGUACAGCAAGGCAGGGUCAAAAAGGUGCUUCGCUCACUCUUCUGCUAAAAUCGGAAGAUGCUUAUAUUAAUUUCAUUGAUAAAAAUCAAAAAGUGAAAGUGGGUCCUCUGGAAGAUCCUGCAACAGAAGAGAAAACGGAAGAAUUGUUCAAGAAAAUCCAAUUAAUGAAUAAGGGCGAUCGCAGUUUAAUGGAUUUAUCCAAGUUGGCUUUCGUCUCGCAUAUCAGGGCAUAUUCUAAACAUGAAUGUUCUCUAUUGAUGAGGGUCAAAGAUUUAGAUAUGACGGCAAUGGGAAAGACUUACGGAUUGUUGGAGCUUCCGAAGAUGCCGGAAAUUAAUAAAACCGUUGCAGAAGAUUAUCCGAGAAUCGCGGGAUUGGACAUCAACACUGUUGCUUAUAAGAAUAAAAAGUACGAGGAUAUUAGAUUGGAGAAAUUGGCCAAGUACAAAGAGACAGGGGAAUGGCCCGGUCUGAAGAAAGUGAUUAAACAAAAGGCAACGAUUUCUUGGUCUAAAACGAAAGAUUCGCAACAGAAGAGGAAGGAGAACAGGGCGAAACGAAAAGAGUCGAAAGAGCACAAGAUCAAGAAUAAUAUCGAAAUAAAAAAACGCCCGAAGAAACGAAAAGCACCUGCGACGCAAUCGGAUAUUGAUGAGAUUUUAACUAAAGUAAAAAAAUAAAAUUGUUAAUUUUAA